GUGAAAAACGUUAAACAAUGAAAUCACGAACCACUUUUCUCUACUUUUAAAUGUAUUGAAUUAAUUGAAAAACGAAAUUCAAUUGAGAAAGGUCUAUAUUAUAAAAUAGGAAAUAUGAUGGAUAAUUAUUGUCAAUUCAAAUGGAUAAAGAAGUUCUUCAAUAUUGGAGAGAAAAAAAUAAUUAAAACCGAAUGAUGACGGUGUAACGUGAAGACUGAGAAAGUGUGACAAAAAUAUAUGAUUACAGAGACACAGUUUAGAGUACAUGGUACUAACAAAAUAUGUAAAAUAUCUUUAAUUGUCGGAUCUACUGUUUUAGCACUUGUUUGGUUUGAAUUGGGAAUACUGUAAAGGUAUGUUACGAUUUUUUUAUGAAUAUUAACUGCAUACAUUGACCACAAUAUGGUUUAAACUCAUGGACUACAAACUGCUUUAAAAUGAAAGACAUACUAAAAUGAUUAUGUCUUGCGCUACGUGUUUUGUACCUCUUUAGGUUCAGUACCUCUUUUAUAGCCCAUGAACUACCUUUUAUAUAAUUCAAAAACGCACUGAUUACUUUUUUGAGCGGGACUACAUAUACAUACACAUGUUGUGUUGUGCAAGUGAAAGGAGCACUUUUGUGUUUCCACUUUGCGGAAACAAGAAGAGUACACAAGUCGUACCGACGGACGCGCCACCUAUGACACCUGUGCCGGAACCCAUGGUUCCCGAAGUAAUGUCUGCGCAACCAAAUCCUGUGUUGCAUAACCCUGCAACCGUACCGACCCGGCCCGGUCAGGUACUACAUAACUCCACAACCGUGCCAAGCCGGCCUGGUUCGCUGGCACAAAAUGAAGUACACGCUAAAUCUGAGCCUGUACCUACCAAGCCAAGGACGAUGAGUGUUCCGGGCCGACUUUUGGCGACAUAUCCAUUGCUGCCGUCGUUUAAGUUUAGUGAUACACUUGACUGUUAUGUCGACGAUAUCGACUCUUUAGAUCCCGACAUCCCAGGGCCCCACCCACCGCCAACAAAGAAAGUCGACAUAUUCAGUCCGGCGGACUACACUGAUGUUGAUGCAAGAGCUGUUAAUACACCAACAAAGUUCCUGAAACAGUCACUGAAAGAUCUGGUUGACUACCUUACUGCCGGAUAUGACGACGACUUGUCCAAGAUCCGGGUCAUUUAUCGCUGGAUCACGUGCCAGCCUAUCGACUUACUGCCAAUGAAGAAAACACCAUCACAGGGCCAUGCAGUAUUUCAACUCUGGCGUAUCAAGAACAAAAAGGGGAACUAUGCCCAACUAGUCAGCUUGCUUUGUAGAUAUGCCAAGAUACCAUGCGUUAUUAUCCAUGGUACUUUGAAGGGAUCAACAUACGAGGUUGGUGAUCCAAUCGACGAAGACAAACAUUAUGGCGAAUGGAACGCUGUCUUGGUGGACGAGCAUUGGCGUUUUAUUAAUGCCUACUGGGGCACAUGCGCAGAAGGUGCUAGCGAGGACGUCAGUAUUCCGAAUGGUGAUGACGUAAUAGAAAAUGGCGAAUCGGCGUCGAAACUGCAUUAUUUUUGUGAUGAAAAUUAUUUUUUGACUGAUCCAGAUCAGGUUGUUGCAACACAUUUACCGACUUUGCCAAAAUGGCAACUCAAAAAAGAUCCUUUAACUCCAGAAGAAUUUGAAAAGAUGACAUUUGUAAAAGACAGGUAUUUUAAUCUUAAAUUACGGACUUUAACCCAUCCGGAGUGUAUAGUGCGUAGCAAUACAGGGCAAGUGGAGAUAAAAUUCACGAUUCCUCGCCAGACGUCACUGAAUAUAGACUUUCAGUAUCUACUCUUUCGGUUGAACGACGGUACGGAAAAAAGGAUGGAUCGUUACGUGUUCAUGCACCGUACAAACAACAAUGAGAAUCUCACAGUGAAAAUACGGUCCCCGAAAGAAGAUGUUUUCAGAUUCGAGCUGGUAGGCAAGGAUACCACUGUUACUGACGAAAACUACGAUUACGAUUGGAUUGCUAUUUAUAAAAUCAUUUUCACUGAGGGCCUAAAAGAAUGCCAACCUUUCCCGCCAUCUCCAGCGGUAGGAUGGGGACCAGGUCGAGUUGCUGUGGAAACAGGAUUGGUUCCCCUCAGUCAUUUCACAGGGGAAGUCGAAAUGGACGAUUAUGGGAAAGCAGAAAUCAAAUUUGGAACAGCUGAUAAGAUGAAAAUAGGCGAUAUGUACUAUACAGCAAAGGUUUACACCGGCGGUGAUACGAUGGAGGAACUUCCUGAUUACGUUGUGCACCGAGUCGAAAAUGGUGACGUCAUAUUUAACGUCAUGACCCCGGAGAAAGGUGAAUUCGUUCUAAGACUGUUUGUGAAAGAUGGUAUUGACGGUAAAACGCGAGAAUUUUGUGAUUAUUUGCUAAUUUCAAGACAAAUAGAAGAAAACGGUAGAUUUCCAAAAGGUUUUCAAACAAGACUUGGACCUAAAAAUCCUGCUUUUGCAACUUCUGGACUUAGUCCUACGAAAUCAUCUGGAUUUAUCCGAACGGAAUUUGACGAAGUACAUAUCGGUUUUUCUCGUGAUGAAGAUAUUGAACUGUCGGUAAAUUUCUCGGGAGAAAAUGUUAAGCCAGCGGAAGCACCAUUGUUGUUGUCUCAGAAAGAGGCAGGAGCUGUUGUAACUUACACAGUCCGGCUGCCAGGAACCGGUCAGUAUGGGGUAAAAGUGCGAGGAACCCGUGAAGAUGGCACUGUUCACGUGCCACUGUAUGAUUACGUCAUAGACUACCGGAAACCAAAGAAAAGAGAAAGAAAAGACCUAACGAUCAAACAAGAAGCGGAAAGUUUCAGUACAUCAGGUGAAAGUGAGGAAAGUGGCAAGGAAGAUAAGGAGGAGUCAGAAGAUGAAAAUGAGGAGAGCAGCGGAGAACACAUGGAGAAAUCAGAAGAAAAUCUAACGGAUGUGUUGCGACGGCGCCUGCGUUUGGCAAUAGAAGAAAACAACCCGGAUGAAUUAACUGCAGUUAUCAAAGAAAUGAAAAAAUUAAAACUUCCGUCGAUACAACCGGAUAUAAAAUAUGCAGAGGAACAACUCCAAAUUCUUAAGAUUAAGAAAGAGUUACUUAUAGCUAUCCGUGACAAAGACGCUAAAAAACUGAAGGCGGCAUUAAAGAAGGUCAAGGCCGCAGAUAUUGGAGACAAGAUGGAAAAAGAAGUUUCUAUAGCAAAGAACUUAGUUGAAAGACUCAAGAAAUUGCAGCGACUACUGCAUGCAGUAUUAGAUUUGGACCAGUCCACUAUUGCAGAAAUAAGGGGUUAUAGCAAUCCACCGCCAAUAGUCCACACGGUGAUGAUGUCCACACUGCUUCUCCUGGGUCACUGGGAGGACGAAACCAAGGUAUGGAAGAAUGUACAGUGCGUCCUCGGGAAAACUGGCAAAGAGUCACUGAAACGCUUAAUACUUGAGUUUAAGAUAGAGAAGUGUCCUCUAGAAGUGGCAAUGGGGGCCAAAGACUACCUAAGGGACUACAGUAUUAACCAAGUACGCCUUGUCAGUGCUGGAUGUGCAACAUUCUUUGUAUGGGUGAAAGGUGUCGUAGAAGAGCUGGAGAAAAGAGCAGGAGAAGAAAUAAACAAUAUCCGACCUUUAACCUCAAGAAAAAGGAAAAAGAGAGAAAUGACGUUUCUAGGCGACCUGGAUCAGAAUUCGGCGCGGUAGCAUUUAUCAAAAACAAAUGCAAAUACUUCUCAUCGAGAUGAGAGUAUGGAAUGUUUGACUAGAAUUGAAUCCACAAUCCACACUCGUUUCACUUGAAGAGCAACUUUGUUGCAGUGAAAAAAAAUGUUAGGUUUAGAAAUUUGGCUUUUCAGCUAUUUUUCUCACCAGCAAUAUCUGUAAGACUACAAACAAUUGCAGAGCGCAAUUUUUAAGAAUAACUACUCAAAAAAACAACAGAAGUGUCCAUUUUAUUCACCGGCUUGUUUAUCUUACUCAAAGCGUGAUAAUAUUUUCUAGAACACGAAACCUCUUCGGACUUGAGUGAUUUGUGGAUAUUCAUUAUAAUAGUUUCCUGCACUUAUAUAAUAUAGGCAUGCAUGCUUGGUAAAGCCUUUACACUCAAUUUCUUGAAUUUAAAAAUAUUUUUCUGUCCUAAUUUUAGUGAUACUAUUUAUUAUCAAAUUUAUACAUUCAUUUCCGUUGGUCUUAACACAGUCACGUGAUUAGUGACGUCAUGACAUAUGACAUCAAACCAGUUGACGUCAUACACAGUUUACUGUAAGAAGGAUCAGUCCAUAUGUUUGAACUUGAAUUCUCUGUAUUAAGUAAGCUGUUUUAUAAAAAAGUGUUGCCUUCGGACAUUCGGCCCAUGUAAGGAUUUAUCGCGCUGUAAAAAAGUGAUAUGAGCCUUGGGCUGAGACCUUGGUCGAUGUCACUUUUUUUCGGAUCGAUAAGUCCUCGUACCGAAUUUUAAAUGCGUAAUCUCCAUAGAUUUAGUGACGGCAACUAUGGCGAUGAUCAAUGCAGGGACACUUCUUUAUUAUCUACAGAUUUUGUAUACAUUUCUAGGACAUUAGAAUGUAUAUUUUGCAUACUUAAACGACGGAAACAAAAACCAGAGAUGGACCAUGUAGAUACCAAAGUGCUACAAAUGUACAUUAUCAAAUGAUUUUAAUGACGAUUUAUUAAUGAAUAGAACUAUUUAAUAUAAAACCUUCUUUUUGCGUUUAAACUAUAUAUUUCAUUUGAUGGCGUUAUGAAUAUUUACGUUAAGUUAUUUGUUGUUUUGUGUGAAUAUGCCUAUUUAAGACAGUUUUUUCAAGCUUAUAAUUAUGUAUUACUUCACCACUGAAAAUUAAAAAAAUACAGUGAAUCAAAA